CGGCCCACUCAACCGGCCCACUCCGCGCGGUCACUCCCCACGUCGGUGCCUGCCUCGGCGUCUCGGACACCGACUCUGUCGGCUCGUCCGCUCGUCGCCAGCCCCGCAGAGCCGCGACCCUCGCCUGGCUCCGUCACGUCCGGCUCCCCGGGACUGGCCGACUCGCCGCUGCUGCAGUCGUUGCUGCGCUUCUCGUCCUCCCGCCUCGACGACCGGCUGGCGCCAGACGAGGCCGACCAGACCGACUGGUCCUCGCUGGCGCCCGAGCUCGAGUCCCGCCAACAGGGCCUGUCGGAGGCGACGACGCCGAGCCGAGAGGUCGUCUCGUCGUCGUCGCCACCGCCGCCGCCGCCUGUCGCCUUCACGACCAAGUCACUUGGUUCGCCUGGCUCGCUCGCCAGCCUCGGCAGUCGCCAAGCGGCCGUCCAACCCUCGGCCGGCAGACGCAACGAGGCGCCGUCUGGCGACGCGACGGCCGAUGAGUUGGUGGCCGGCAUGCUGGCUCGACUCGCCCUCGAGAACAGCGUGUUGCGGCAGCGUAUCCACCGCGUCACGGCCGAGAUGAAUCGCAUCCUCACGGAGGAGCCAGUCAACCUGACCAACCCGACUAGCACGGCUACCAAGAGACCGACGGCCCGGGCAGCCGCGGGCUCAGGCGAAGAAGAGUCGAGCUGUGCGGGCUCCCGACGGCCGAGACCGCAGUCGCUGGGACGAAGUGGCGAAGCGAAGAAGACCGGUCAGACCAGAGGGUCUACGCGGCCGGUCGGCGCAACCGGGAGCGUGAGAGGCCGAGUCGGCUCGUCGUGUCUGUGGGACGCCAGGCGGUCAGCACCACCGUCCACUUCGGGCGCGCGGGACGACAAGACCAAACGCAGGCUGCAAGUCGGACGGGGGCGGCCUGUACCGAAAUCGGCUCGACCGGCCGCCAGCCGCCCCGAGGCAAAGCAGCCUCCGGCUCGGCUGACCGGCUCGGUGAGUCCUUGUCGAUGUUUGUUGCGAGUGGGUCUCGAGCCCGGUACUGGACCUUGUAAAAAAGUUGUAUUCACCCUCAUUUUGGUCAACAUGAUGCAGGGUUAG